CCCGAGUCACCUGGGCAUUCAAGAACGUGCCAAAGAUGGUCGAUUUCCUUAUUCCCUCUGCCAGUCUCACUCGCGCCAAGUCUUCGGCACGUGGCUGAAGAUGCAAGCACGCGCCCUGCCCCAGUCUGCGGACAGCCUCGAGCAGUUGACCGAUGACCUGAUAGAUUUCAGUCAAACUUCACUGGUGCACCAGAUCACAGGUGGCGUCCACGUCAAUGAUGCCUUUAUUCAAGAUGCCUGGGGCAAGCUUCCAGCAGAAUGGACCAAUCACUGGGACUCACUCCCAGACUCUCGAAUCGCACAGCGAGACAUGAUCGACAGCAUCGAUGAAGGAGAACACACAUGCCAGUCUCCCAGGGCUGACAGUCACGAGAGCGCUCUGAGCCGCCCAGAGUCCCUUGUAUCGUGGCUAGCAAAGCUCAAGUCGGUCUCUUUGCCUCGGAUCCAGCGCAAUGGACCCGUUCUGGUCCUUCCUAAAGUUCUCGCCGACCGCAUGGAGACAAAGAAGCUCAACGAGGUGUCCGUUGCGGCGCCUUAUAUCCAUUCCAUCUGUCAAGCGAGUGGCGUCACUCACAUUAUCGAUAUGGGCUCUGGCCAAGGCUAUCUUUCAAACACACUUGCCUACCUCUUCCCGUCCCUUCGUAUCCUGGCCAUCGAUGGGAGUGAGUCUCAGAUCGCUGGGUCCAAGGCCUUUGCCACGUUUCUUGGCAUCACAGAAGAUAGGAUUCAACACCUUGUUCGAUACAUUGAUGGGUCGAUGAAAUUGGCCUCGGAGAUAGACGCUUGGGCUGGCGGCCAGAAAUGCCUGCUCGUGGGCCUUCACGCCUGCGGCAAUCUGUCCGAGCACAUGAUUAAGUACUUCGCCGCAUGCUCCUCCAUCACUCACCUGGCGGCCGUUGGAUGCUGCUAUAACCACAUCGUAAUCCGCUCAGAGACCUGCCCGGAUGGCUUUCCUAUAAGUGAGCGGCUACGGGAGCGGAACGUGACACUGACGCCGACAGCACUGAUGGCGGGCUGCCAGGCCCCCAACAACUGGGCGAGGACAGACUUGACGAAGCCCAAGUCGAUUUAUUCCAGGAAGCAAUUUUACCGAUCUUUGUUGGAGAAGAUGUUUCAUGACAAGGGUGUUCAAAUUCACGACAAGCCGAACUGGGGCAUCCGUAAGGGCGACCUAGCCAACUUUGAGAGCUUCACAAGACGUGUGGUGGAAUACCUAGGUGUCGAACAACAUAGGAUAUCGAAGCUGGACAUCACCAAGUAUGAAAAUCAGUAUGCGAGCCAGGAGGGCAGGAUCUCCAUUCUGUGGACGCUGAGUGUGCUGUGCUGCAAAGCUAUCGAGAGCAUCAUUGCUCUUGAUCGUUACUGGUUCCUCGUCGAGAACGGAGGGCACAAUGUGGAAAUUGUCCCCAUAUUUGAUUACAAGAUAUCCCCGAGGAAUCUGAUGAUAGUCGCCGAAAAGCACCACAAACACUAAAGUAUCGUCGGCAAGAAAUGAUACCAUCCUACUUAGAA